CCCCUCUUGUGCAUUAAACCAAACUGGGGAGCAUCCCUGGGAGUUUUCAAACGCACGUGGGGGUGGAAGCAGUAUAUGAUUACCCUUGGUGACACUUUCCAAUCGCUGCAAAAAAGCAACUACACGAUUAGGGCUCUGUUCUGCGUUUUUAUUUGCUCACUCAUCACCAUUGCGCGUCGAACCUUUGCGGAAGCUGCAACUGAUCCGUUUCGCGACACAAGAGGGUGAGUUUGUCCCAGCGUACGUAUGCGCGUGGGGAGGAGUGGCGUUGCAUUAACGCAGCUGCGAUUUUCAGUAGGCCCCUAGGGAGGACCCCCACCCGAGCGCCAACAUGGAACCGCUGCACCUCCCCCUGGGCGACGACAUGCACUGCCACCUGCGGCAGGGCGACAUGCUGCGCUUCACCGUUGGGGCAGUCAAGCAGGGGGGCUGCGACCGCGUGCUAGUCAUGCCCAACAUCACGCCAAUCGUGAGCACCUGUGAAGAUGCCAAAAAAUAUAGAAGCGAGCUAACCAAGCAGGACCCCAGCGUAGACUACCUAAUGACGUUAUAUUUGAAUAAUAAAACAGACGCAAAUGACAUACUCAGAAAUCACGAAGAGUGUAAUUUGCAAGGAGUAAAAAUAUACCCCAGCAAUGUGACGACCAACUCGAGUCAUGGAGUUACCACGUUAGAAACUUAUUAUGAAAUAUUUCAUACACUUGAAAGGUUAAACAAAAGUCUACACAUCCAUUGUGAAGAACCAAAUGUGAAUCCCCUUUAUGCAGAAAGGAGUUACGCACAACAUAUUCAUGACUUGGCUCUUCACUUCCCCCAUUUGAAAAUUGUCCUAGAGCACAUCUCUACGGUAGAUAUGAUAAACCUGGUUAGGACGUACCCGAACAUCGCGGGGUCAGUUACUCCGCACCACUUGCAACUAACCAUAGACGAUGUUGUAGAUGUGGAGAGCUACGAUUAUGCUCCCGACGUGGUAACCAUAGAGAAGUAUAUAAAAAAUGUGUAUAAUUAUUGCAAACCUUUGCCCAAAACGAUUGAUGAUAAGGUAGCUUUGUGUAAGAUCAUACAGGAAGGGUUCCCCAGGAUUUUCCUUGGAUCCGAUUCUGCGCCCCAUUAUAAAGAGCAAAAAAAUGACCCCCACUAUAAGCCAGGGAUAUACACACAGCCAUUCCUCAUGUCGUACGUUUCUCACAUUUUUAACAAAAUGAAUUCAUUGGAUAAGGUAGAAAAUUUUGCCUGCAAAAAUGCUGCAAAUUUUUUAAAUUUAAAGGAGAAAAAAACGGGCACAAAUCUACAGCCUCUCUCUCUUUGUAUACAAAAGAAAGAACUCAAAAUUGCUGAUGAAUAUUCUGGGGUCGUCCCCUUUUUGGCUGGACAAACAAUUGAUUUUACAGCGACGUGUGUGGGGGCAGAUGUUUGAUUUCACUUCUUGAGAAGACGCGUUUCGGUGGGGGAGCCAAUCGGUCAGGCGGUUAGGCGGUUAGGCGGUUAGGCCACUCUGCACACAUAACCCAUUUCGCUUUGGAAAAAUGGGAUCCUUCCCCCCACAUGCACGUAGCAGGCCAACUUCGCUAUGCCAUUUAUUCGCAAUGAACGCGGGGUAUUAAUUCUCGCCUUUCGCCUGAAGAGGGGAGUUGCUCCAAAGCUGUAGUGGAUCUUCCAAAUUCUCACAUGCGGUAUUUUUCCCGUGCCAAUGCUUUGCUUAUGUGCAGUUGGCAAACGUGAAGACGCAGUCACAGAGGAGGGGGCGUUUCAAAAUGAAGACAAAUUUUGCACAUUUUGGAAAGCUAAACUGCUAUACUUUUUUGGCACCAUUUCAGUUCAUCACUAUCCGUAUGACUUUAUUUUGCUUCUCAGCAGGAUUUAAUUCGUCUCCUUUUGGCAGUGGGUGGGGGUCUCCAUCAAAGACGAACAAUUUUGCCCCAUCUUCCAUCGUCUGACCACUCGAGUUGUUACCUUUCCCCGCUUCGUUUACUUCACCCUCUUCGCGUUCUUCCCCUCCAUUUUCCCGCAUGGAAUUGUUGACGGAGACGGAGCUUUUCUUCUUCCCCUCUUGCUGCAACGUAUAGGCGGGUGAAUCCUUCUGUAUGUACACGUAAGUCUUGGGCCGAGUACCGUCUCCCCCAUUUAUGUUUAAGUCUACGUACGUGGCGCCCUCAUCUCGUGAAAGGAAACUGGACACAAUAACUAACAAGAGCGAAACGCACAUUGUUAUUAUGCUCAACGUGAGUGAAAUGUGCACAAUUAAAAUUUUAUACUUUUCAAAAGAGAUGUCAUCCGUGGCCAAACUUAGGAAAGAAAAAUGUAUCGCCAUCUUUUCCGCGCAUUUUCAAAGGUCAUCAUUUUGAGGAAGUUUACGAAGUUACGUGCGAACAUGAGCCGUAGGUGGUGUCUCACAACAGCUGUGUCAGCAGUGUGGCCCCUUUAUUUCGCGUAAAAGUGGAUACCUCUGCGGACAUUAGAACAAAAUGUAAUUCGCAUCUUAGCGCUAACGACUUUGAGUUGGUGGAUCGAAUGAUGUGAUG